UGCAGGGUUCCUAUGUGGACGGACCCGCCACGGCCCCCUCCUGCCCUCCACUUGCCCUGCCCGCCCUUCUGCCGGCCGCCCCUCCACCACCCAGGCCCCAACCGACCGGACCCCGGGGUUGUGUCCGAGCUGCAUCCAGCAGCCUCGCCGAGGGGGGCAUGGGGGCGUCCCACUCCAGGUCGGAGGAGAUCCAGGAGCUCGCCGACAAGACUGGCUUCACCUCAGAGCAAAUCGAGCAUCUCCACCGAAGAUUCAGACAGCUAAGUGGGGAUCAGCCAACCAUCCGCAAAGAGAACUUUGAUCGCAUCCCUGAUCUGGAGUUCAACCCCCUUAGGGCCAAAAUCGUCCAUUCCUUUUUUGACAAAAGGAACCUACGAGAGGCAUCCGAAGGGCUGGUGGAUGAAAUCAAUUUUGAGGACUUCCUGACUAUCAUGUCUAAUUUCAGACCGAUUGAGAUGGAUAUGGAUGAAGAGCAGCUGGAUCGUUUCCGCAAACAGAAGCUGAAAUUCCUCUUUCACAUGUAUGACUCGGACAGCGAUGGGAAGAUCACCCUGCAGGAAUACAGAAAAGUGGUGCAGGAACUGCUCUCAGGGAACCCCCACCUGGAUAAGGAGUCGGUGAGGUCCAUCGCGGAGGCUGCCAUGAUGGAGGCUGCCAGCAUCUGCAUGGGGCAGAUGGAGCCAGACCAGGUGUACGAGGGAAUCACAUUUGAAGACUUUCUGAAGAUGUGGGAAGGAAUCGACAUCGAGACCAAGAUGCACGUCCGCUUCCUCACCAUGGAGCCAAUUGCGCCUUGCCACUAA